AAUUUAGCUCUACAAAGCGUCAGUAUUGUAAUUAGCCCUUCAUAUUCUUUAACUCUUUCUCUAUUUCAUUACUCAACAUAAGCGAGAGAAGUCAGAGAAGCCAGAGAUCUAAGGGCGGGGCUUCGUUUCUUCUUGGUGACGGAAGAGAUGGGAAAGUGGCAAGUUUUGAUUUUUAUGCUUCUUGGUGCUUUAAUGGCGGAUAAGAGAGGAGGAGUAAAGGGAGUCCCAGCAGAGGAUUUAGUGGUGGAACUUCCAGGACAGCCCAAGGUUGAUUUCAGGCAGUUUGCAGGCUAUGUCGAUGUGGACGAUAAGACUGGGAAGAGUCUCUUCUACUACUUUGCUGAGGCUGAAAAAGAAGCGAACAAGAAGCCUCUCACUCUUUGGCUCAAUGGAGGCCCUGGGUGCUCUUCAAUUGGGGGUGGUGCAUUCACUGAACUGGGACCAUUCUUUCCAAGAGGGGAUGGAAGAGGUCUCCGUAUAAACAAGCAUUCAUGGAAUAAAGCAUCAAACCUACUAUUUGUUGAAUCUCCUGCUGGAGUUGGAUGGUCUUAUUCAAACGUAACUUCUGAUUACACAAGCGGAGAUGCAUCUACUGCAAAUGACAUGCAAGUUUUCUUGUUACGAUGGUUUGAAAAGUUCCCUGAGUUCAAAACUCGAGACUUGUUUCUUACAGGAGAAAGCUAUGCAGGGCACUAUAUACCACAACUUGCCAUUGUUCUCCUAAAGCACAACAAGCAUUCAAAGAAUUUCAAGUUCAACAUUAAAGGAGUUUUUAUUGGGAAUCCUCUUCUGAAGCUUGACCAGGAUGCGCCAGCUACUUACAAUUAUUAUUGGUCUCAUGGGAUGAUUUCUGAUGAGAUAGGCCUUAAGCUGAUGAAUGAGUGUGAUUUUGACGAUUAUGAAAGUAAUGAUUCCCACAAUAUCAGCAAAACAUGCAAUGAUGCAAUUGCAGAAGCAGAUAAAGUAGUUGGGGAUUACAUAAACUCAUAUGAUGUGAUCCUAGAUGUUUGCUAUCCAGCUAUUGUGGAGCAGGAACUGAGGCUGAAAAAAUAUGCAACUAAGAUGAGUGUUGGGGUUGAUGUAUGCAUGACUAGUGAAAGGCGGUUUUAUUUCAAUCUACCAGAGGUUCAACAUGCUCUACAUGCCAACAGAACCAGUUUGCCUUAUAGCUGGAGUAUGUGCAGUGGGUUCCUAAAUUACAAUGAAAGUGACGCAAACAUCAAUAUGAUACCAUCCCUUAAAAGAAUACUAAGAAAACAUAUACCAGUUUGGGUUUUCAGUGGUGAUCAAGACUCUGUAGUGCCACUCCUUGGCUCUAGGACACUUGUUCGAGAGCUAGCACAUGAUAUGCGAUUUGUUGUUACCUUGCCUUACACUGCUUGGUUCCACAAAGGCCAGGUUGGUGGAUGGGUGACUGAGUACGGAAACAUCCUCACAUUUGCGACAGUUCGAGGAGCUGCUCAUAUGGUACCUUAUUCACAGCCAAAUAGAGCUCUUCUUCUCUUUAAAUCAUUUGUAAAUGGUCGGAGACUACCAAUUACAACCUAUCCUCCCAUUGAUGACUAAGAUAGCGCCUGAAGUUGCAUUUAUGAGCAGGAUUUAGAAUGUUACGAUUUGUUUGUUUUAUCUUGAAAUGGAAAAAUGAGUUGAAUAAGUUCUGAUUAGUGCAUUUAUGCAUUAUUCACCCAAACAAAGAAUUAAGAUCCCUCAUACUACGUCGGCUUCUUGGCUCGUCCCUUUUCCUGUUUUGAAUUUUUGGUGAAAUGUAGUUAUUGACGUGGAAACCAUAUGAUUAGACUAAGUACAUCUUACACAAAGUCAAUUGUUUAA